ACAAACUAGUUCAACGUAGCUAGACAACCUUAGAUAUCCAAAAUGAAAUUCGCAGUGGUGAUCUUGGCGUGCGUGGCUGCCGCAAGCGCGCAAUACAACUCUGGAGCCUACAACCCCUUCGGUAACCAGUACCGCAACCCCUACAAGUUCCAGCCCACUCCCGCGCCUUACCGCCCAUACCGUCUGCCCUCCUCCACCCCCGUCUACACUCCCGUCGUCUACAAAGCCUCCACUCCCUCUCCCGUCGUCCCCGUGCCAAUUGCUGUAGCCAGACAAGUCGACGCCCGCAACGCCCAGAUCGUCAAGUUCGGCAAUGAAGCCAACCCUGAUGGCAGCUACGCUUACUUCUACGAAACCGACAACGGCAUCGCCGCUCAGGAACAGGGCACUCCCCGCAACUUCGGUGGAAACCCCCCUGUAGUGCCAGUCGUCGCCCAGGGCUCUUUCUCCUGGACCUCUCCCGAGGGUGAACCCAUUGCUAUCUCCUACGUUGCUGAUGAGAACGGAUACCAGCCCAGUGGUAACGCAAUCCCCACCGCUCCCCCCGUACCCGCUCAGAUCGCCCGUGCCCUCGCCUACGUCGCCGGCCGUGGAGCUCCCCUGAAGAAGUAAGAAGCUGAAUACCGAAUACAAACGCACUACAAUUUAAGUACAUUACAGAGUUGAUAGUACAAUUUAGAAGUAUUUUCAAGUGUAAUAAAAUGUGAUAUCUUUAACUUACAAUUUUUAUUUGCUAUUUCUACGAUUAAAUAUUUAUUAUUUACGUAAAAGUGUAAAUAAAAAUAAAGCUUAAUAGAAAAAUAAAAGGUUGUUCCCGUUA